AUGGAAGAGCACGCUCAAGAGAUGGACCGCGUUAACAACGAGCUAGCAGACCUUCGAGGGAAUGUAGGAACAAUUAUGGAACUACUUCAGGUUAUCAAUGCAAAGAUGGAUACUCAGCCUACUGUGGUUUCUGAGAUCAACACUACCGCUGCCGUAGAUCCGCCAGUUGUUUCAGUUGAGAACCCGUUUCCUUAUGGUCUUUCGCAGAGUUUCAUACAUCCGCCUGUUGUUACGUCAGUUCAACAAACUAUGCCGGUUGCACAAAGUGGUCAACAAGCCAUGCCGGUUAUACAGAACGUUCAACAGACUGUGCCUUUGGUUCCCGAGCCUCCAAAGGUGGUCCCUACCUUCACACAAGCUAAUGUCCAUACUCGGGUGCAGCCUUAUCUUAAUGAGCCUGUUUAUGAAAUUCUGGAUGAUAAUGAUGAAGGGUACCAGCCGCGUGAUAGGCUCCGUGAGGAGGUUGUUACUAUUGAUAAAAGAUUAAGAAAGAUGGAAGGAGACCAGAUCUUUGGUGCUGCUGCUAGAGACAUCUGUUUGGUUUCCGGUUUAGUUAUUCCGCCAAAGUUCAAGACUCCGAACUUUGACUGCUAUGAAGGGACUACAUGUCCGAAAAGCCAUUUGAUAAUGUAUUACCGUAGGAUGGCUGCCCACGUGGAAAAUGACAAGUUGAUGAUCCGCUGUUUUCAAGACAGUCUGAAAGGUGCCUCGUCGAAGUGGUAUUUAACAUUGGACCAAUCUCGCAUCAAGUCUUUUCAAGAUUUGCCUGACGCUUUCAUUAAGCACUAUAAGUACAACAUGGACUUGGCUCCUGACAGGAGACAACUUUUGAGUAUGACGCAGAAAAAUUCUGAAACCUUUAAGGAAUACGCCCAGCGAUGGAGGGAAAUUGCUUCCCAGGUUGAACCUCCACUGACUGAUAAAGAAUUAGCUGACUGGUUUGUUGACACCGUUCGUCCUGAGUUCUACGAAAGGAUGGUGGGUAGUGUAACCACGAAUUUCGCUGAUAUUGUUGUUGUUGGAGUAAAGGUUGAAUUAGCUAUGAAGAGUGGAAAGAUGUCCAGUGGUUCUAGCAGUAUGAGUUCGAAGGACCAAGCUAAGAAGACUUCCGUCAAUCCUCAGAGAAAGAAGGAAGGAAAGACUCAUGAUGUGUCUUCAGAUAGGAGAAGGAAUAGGCAGUAUCAAUAUCCGCCAUAG